CGUAGAAGUCAAAUAUUUCUCGGAAAAAAGGGAUCGGCUUGCAUCUCGUGACCUUAGACGGCGUUAUAUAAAACCACCACCCAGCUAGAUUUUUGUACAUUCUUUGGKGACGCAUCAAGACUGAUUCAACACAAAGAGUACUCGAAGAUGAAUGCAUUCACAUUUGGUGUGAUCUUGCUCGUUUUAUUGCUGAAUGUAACAGCAAUAAAUGGUCUCGAAUGCUACUCUUGUGCGACUACGAAGGAUUGGGACAAGUGUAAUGACGCCAAGAAAGAGCAAACAUGUCCCUCUUCCUAUACGAGGUGCCUCAAAGCAGAGGUACAUUUCGAAGGGGCGGCCAGUGCCGAUACAUAUCUAAAAGGGUGUGUUCCGCCUGACAGUUGCACUGCCCAGACCCUAGAAAAAUGCAAGACUUCGGUUCCUGGGGUAAAAGUUAGUUGCAAGGUCAAUUGCUGUGACGGGGAUUUGUGCAACACUGGUGUAGCCACCAAGCUCAGCGGUAUUAUUCUUCUGGCAUGUGCAGUUCUGUCUAUUUUGAAUAACUUCUGAUAGCUAGAGAGCCAAGUGAAGCUCAACGGAAGUAAUCUAUCCUAUUGAUUUUUUGUUCAGUUACCAUUAUUAACUAGAACUCUUAUUAAUGUUAACUAAUGAAACCUAAGAUAAUAAAAACGUUCUUUUUUCCUAA